AUUUAAUACCACGUGGCACUCCCUAUUUUUAUUUUAGUUUCUACAAGUGUUGCUUUCCAGUACAAAUCCUGUACUUACGUGCUGUAUACACGCGCUUGAAUUACUAUCAUACCGAAUAUGACGGAUGUCGUUGGAGAUAUUUUAUGGUUAUAAUACCGUCUGGACUGUCUCGUUUGACUUAACUAGCAACUAUAUCGGAACCAACUGCCUCGUUGGUCUAGCUGUCGCUAGAGGUCUUGGGUUCGAUUCCCGGGACGGGCCGAAAUCACUUUACGGGUUUUAGAAACUUUCACGAAGUAGUCCGGAGCCUGGAAGUUGGUGAUUGAUACACCCGUGCAUGGGAUAUCGGUCCCGCGCCUGAUCUCUCUCCGGUCGUGUCGGAUUGCCGUCCCAUCGGGCUAUGAGAGUGAAGGAAUAGUGAGUGCACCUGUGUCUGCGCAAAGUUUGUGCACUAUAAUAUGUCACUAUAAUAUGUGUUUCCUUACAUGAGAGCGGCCACCGAUAAUCGACUAGGAGAACAUCGUAUCAUCGUAAAAGGCUUCAUUCUGACUUGGAAAGGCUAAUAACAAAUUAAUAAUGCAAGACCAUUCUAGUGUCAACGUAUUGUUAACAUUAAAUCUAAUUUGCUGUGAUUUGGUUCAGUAAAAGGCAUAGCAACAGUUUAUUAACCUGUAUUUUUGUCAGUUUCAGUUUAUUAACAUGGAUCGAGAGGAUCGUAAUAGACGAGAGACAAGUUUUGAGAGGUUUAGUGCAGACCCAGGAGUACCCAUGUAUAAGGGUCAGGGUCAGGAUGCACUGGAGUCAAGGCGGAGAGCGCUUAGUCAUGCAAGUUGGCCUGGAGAACCCAGACGUGUGGGUGAAGGCAGGUCAUUAAGGAAAUAUGGUUCAGAGAGACCAGGGGCAUCGCGGGAGCGCGAUGCUGAGGUCGAACGAAAUGGAUUAUUAGAUGGAGAGCGUGAAACAACUCAUUCGAGGAGAACUGCGCAGAGGUGCCUGCGUACACCGGCACGUUGGGAGCGAGAGCGCUCGCUAAGGACGGGGCAAGAGAGAAGAAGACGUUCACUCGAGUGCACACCCAGGAGUGAAGACGAAGUUACCCCAAGGCGUGAAUCCCGGUGCAACAGGAAGAGGAGUCGCAGUCCAUCGCGUGAUCUUGGUGAGUCACAACCAUCUUGUUCUAAGCAAUAUAAAUGUCAUGACACUUCUACAGAUACUAUAUUAGAUAAAUUUUUGUCUAUUUUGCAAUCGGUUAAAGGUUCAGAUAAGCCAAGGAUGACUUUUAAUACUAACAUUGUACCCGAGUUUGAUCCUAUGUCAAAGGAACAAACGAUUUUGACCUGGUUAACAAAGGUAGAGGAGUGCGCCGGAAUUUACGGCUGGGAGGAUAAAGAGACAAUCCAUUACGCUUUACCUAAGUUGACUGGGCUAGCACGAUCGUGGUAUCAAAAUUUGCCCACUAUGCUAUUCACUUGGUCAGAAUGGAAGAACAAAUUAAUAGAAUCUUUUCCAGUUCGCGAGGACUAUGCUGAACUUUUAACCGAGAUGCUCGCUAAAAGAGUGAAGUAUGGAGAAUCGCUUGAUCAUUAUUAUUAUGCAAAAAUUAACUUGUUAAAUAGAUGUCAAAUUUAUGGGCGACAGGCUGUAGAUUGUCUGCUGCAUGGCGUUGAUGAUAGAGCUAUCAGGGUAGGCGCUCAAGCGGCACAAUUUUCUGACCCAGAAAAAGUUCUUAAAUACUUCAGAACGGUCAAAGUAGGACAAAGCCGUGAAAACCACGAAUCAUCAUCGAAAUUCAGGAAUGAACGCAGGAAUACAACAUCCUUUGCUAAAUCCGGUGGUUCAAAGCCUGACACUACAAAAAUUAUUUGCUAUAAUUGCGAUCAAUUUGGUCACCCGCGUUUUAAAUGCGACAAACCCCCAGCAAAAUGUACUACUUGCGAUAAAUCGGGUCACCUGUCUGUCCAUUGUUAUAGGAAUAAAACUAAUAAAAGCCGCGAAGGAGACACAAAUCAACUUAAAGAUAAUAAGGAAAAACAGGUUGCCCAGUUGAAUAUAGUAGAGGAGGUGAAUGCUAAAUACAAGCUUAACAUCAAGGUGAACGGAAAUGUUGUAGAUUGCCAUUUAGAUCUGGGGAGUCAAUGCUCUCUAAUAACGUUGUCAAAGGCUAGGGAAUUUAAUCUAGAUAUAGUAGUACCAGAGGAUUUACCUACCCUCAGGGGUAUAGGUAAUAAUCUGACUAACCCAGUAGGGAUGACAACCGUCAGCGUUGAAGUUCAAAAUAUAACACAGACCAUAAACAUGUAUGUAGUCGACGAUUAUGUCAUCAGUCAGUCGGUUCUAUUAGGACACUCGUUUACUGAAAAACCAGACAUCAUUAUCACAAAGACCCCUACUGCCGUAAUAUUUCAACAAAUUCCGAGUACUAAGGUGCACCUGGAGGUGAGUAAAGACAUCGAUAUCUCCCCAAAUACGUUGCGUGCUGUUCAAGUUCUUGCCGACUCGAAAACAGAUGUACGAGUCUACGUUAAUGGUUCCAUUAGGGGUCCGGUAGGAAGUGAGUACUACCUCCUUCCGGGCGAUUACGAAGUCAAAGGUGGACGGAGCGCACUGCUGGUCCACAACGCGUCAUCUAGUGUAAUUAACUUAAAAAGAGGAACUCUUUUAGCACGUGUUUAUCCCAAGAGUACUGAUAAGGGAAAUCCAGAGGAUACUUUGCAAUCAUGCAAUGUUUCGUUCUGUGAAAUCCAGAACGAAGAUGACUUUAAUCACGGUGACAACCUAACUCCAGAGGAACUCAUGCAAUUAAAACUAUUGUUACAAAAACACAGUGACUGCUUCUCGAGUGGCCUCCAUGAUCUGGGAUUCACAGAUUUGACUGAAAUGGUUAUAGAACUCGAUAAUUCAGAACCUGUUGUCUAUCGACCCUACCGGAUGUCUUUCGCUGAUCGAGCGCUAGUCCGGAACAUGAUACAGGAGAUGGUAGAUCACGGUAUUGUCAGAGAAUCCACCUCACCGUACGCCAGCCCAAUCGUGCUAGUGCAAAAGAAAACGGGGGAUAAGCGGUUAUGCGUCGAUUAUCGGGAGCUUAACCGUAAAACGAAAAAGGAACACUAUCCCCUACCACGAAUCGAAGAUCAACUUGAUCAACUGGCGGGCAACACGGUAUUUACGUCGCUCGAUUUGGCCUCUGGCUACUAUCAAAUAGCAAUUGCUGAGGAGUCUUGACACCGAA